GCGGGCGCCGCUUCGGGCUCUGAUAUGGCCAGCGCGUGGGCGCCCGGCGUCGCAUUGUGAGAGCAAGCGACCAGGGCUGUGCAGCUCGAUUGGCAGACGGCGUCCGCCCGCCCGAAGCUGAUGACGUGACUCCGGAACCUCGUCGGUCGUCUCCCCGCAAGCCCCCAGUUGCCGGUGCCAGCGCUUCUCCGCCAGCCCCCGCCAGACGGGGGCCCAGUCCAGCGCCAGGAAGGAGGAGCUCAGGAAGCUGAUGACGUGAAUGCGGGACCUCGUCGGUCGUCUCCCCGCAAGCCCCCAGUUGCCGGCGCCAGCGCUUCUCCGCCAGCCCCCGCCAGACGGGGGCCCAGUCCAGCGCCAGGAUGGAGGAGCUCAGGAAGCUGAUGAUGUGAAUACAGGACCUAUCGUUCGUCUCCCCGCAAGCCCCCAGUUGCCGGCGCCAGCGCUUCUCCGCCAGCCCCCGCCAGACGGGGGCCCAGUCUAGCGCCAGGAUGGAGGAGCUCAGGAAGCUGAUGACAAGAAUGCAGGACCUCGUCGGUCGUCUCCCCGCAAGCCCCCAGUUGCCGGUGCCAGCGCUUCUCCGCCAGCCCCCGCCAGACGGGGGCCCAGUCCAGCGCCAGGAAGGAGGAGCUGAGGAAGCUGAUGACGGGAAUGCGGUACGUCGUCGGUCGUCACCCCGCAAGCCCCCAGUUGCCGGUGCCAGCGCUUCUCCGCCAGCCCCCGCCAGACGGGGGCCCAGUCCAGCGCCAGGAUGGAGGAGCUCAGGUACAGCAAAAUCAAAUCAAUAUUGGGCCUUAGCCAAAUCUUUAACAAUAAUGUUCACCAGUUAAUAAGUAUCGAACGUUUCGUUAUGGGAUAAUGUGAUUUUAAACGAGAUAUACUCUGAUAUUAACGAUUAAUGUUUAUUAUUAUCAACAAGUAAUUUUUAACAGUUUUUUUUAAAUAUGUAUACAUACCGGUAUUAAUUAAACAAUUUUUCGGAUCUACGGGUAGUUCACAUUAUUAUUAUGCCAUUUAUAAUAAAAUUAAAAAAUAUUCUCUACCCUUAAUGUUAUGAACUUGGAAGCUACAUCAAAUAUUAUGUGUGAUAAUUAAUUAAAGCUAGAGGAAUAUAAAGGGAAUUGUAAGUCUAAAUAAGCACAGCAAGACAGAGAAAAAACAAAAUUUAUAUUUAAUUUUUCCAAUCAAUUCCUUUUUUUUUUUUUUUAUUAUUUUCACUUUGUGGUCUACCGUUACGAACAGAGCAGUGCUGGGUUACACUCAGUUGUUAGUGUUUGUGGAAAAGUUAUGCAUGAGCUCAAUAGAUUUCACUCAACAUAAAUAUCACACCCAACAAAAAAUUAAAAUUAAAAUUUUUUUGCGGGAUGGUCAAAUAAGCACACAGAAACUUAUUUGUAUGAAUAGAGAAUUCCAAAUAUUUUAUACAUCAAUAUUAAUUGAGAAAUUCCACAUAGAAUAAUAAAUUAUAUUGUUCUCUUGUGUUUUCUAAGCACUUAUAUGGUAAUUUAACCUUCAUUGUGCUUUUCAAGUAUUCAUGUAUCGUUCUUUAUUACGUUCUGAGUUCAUCAAUGUUAACAGUAUACAAAUAACAGUUUUUUUCCUUAAAUGUGUUUUUUGUGAUUAAACUAAAAUUAUCUUAUUGUAAUCACAGUUUAUAACUUUAUUUUAUUUUUUAGUAAGCCUAAAUUUCGUUUAAGCAUGUUUGGAGCACGUUUUGAUGAUAAUUUGUUUAGUAAUUACCCUUUCAGAAAUACAUACUAGCAUUUGUUAACUAUAUGUGUUUAUACUUCAAGAAGAACACAUAAAUUAACUUUAAAAAAAGUUCCAAAUCAUAAUUUAUAUAUAUACAAUAUAGUCCGGUAUCUGGCUAUUCUUAACUUCUUGAUGGCAUCAUUAAUGUCGAACUCAAUGGAAGUUGCAUCAUCGCUGACAGGGACCCUGCUUGUACCGAAGGCAAUGGCGACAGAACUUGUUGGUAUCGUCUACUACAACUACGCAGAACUCGAUGAAUUUUAUAACAUUGACAACGGGGACUCUAAUGACAGCGACGACGGCGACGCAGAUCACUUUGGCAUCGUUUUACACCAGCCACGAAGACCUUGAUGGAAGUUUUACAAUCGACAGAAGAGAUCUUGUUAGAGAAGAUGCAGAUCCAAAUGGAAUGAGUAUCAUCGAAAUAGACAACACUAGAUACUAAUUUAACAAGGAUGUUUCCACCAACAGAAGAUACUCUAGUGUUUGCAGUGCUGGCUGUAGAGGAAAUCUCAUUGAUUGACGUUUCACCAGAGAAGGAGACAUUAAUGGCUGCAGUACCACCAGCAUCAAUGAUGUCCACUGAAGGUGCAUCGGCGUCUUCGCAGCAUCGGUUUCGUUACCGUGACAAGAUUUACUCAAACAUUAGAAAAGCUCGUCGACACGAGAAGAGAGAAUGUGCUAAUAAUAUUUCUUGCAAAAGGUUUAGCUGUAAAAAAUGUCGCAAGCAGUUCACAAAAUAUUAUUUGUUGAAAAGACAAUUGAAUGACAUGCGAAGGCCCUGCUGUGCGACAUAAAUUAAUGGUUUCGCUACAACAGCGAUGCAUCGACGAGUAAAACGAGAAUUAGUACAACAGUAUUUAUAUUAAUUUAUUUAGAGCCUGAAAUGUCUGCCUUUAUCGACUUGUCAUCCUUGAAGCGAAUGCAUUAUGUCAAUCGCAUUUUCCAAUGAAGCACGAAUUCACAACGGAGUAAAUGCAUUAAAAUCCUUCUUGUAUGAAGUUUUGCUAUGAUAAGUGUCAAGUUUGUUUAUUUAUACUGAGGAUUUGAACUGAAAAGGUGAAGUCUGUGUGCCUACUGUGGAACUCCCUGGAGACAUUUUGAAUCCUCGAUUAUGUUGGAGAUUCGUAUGCAUACAAGCACACAAGUAAUUGUACAGAAACCAAUUGUGUUGAAAUUUGUACAUGAAACUAAACCCAAUAUUCUGCUCGGUGCAUUUAAGGUAAAUUAAAAUGGAUUCCAUUUCGCGAAAUCUGCAUUUGUGAAAUUUUAAAAAAAUACCUUUAUCUUAAUUCAUUAAGUGAAUCAAAGUCAUUUGUACUUUUAUAGAAGAUAUCAAACAGAACAUUAUCAGUCAACUUACUGAUGAAGUAUCAACGAACUGACUUAUAAAUUUAAAUUGUGGAUUGACUGUGUAUAUGGUAAACCGUAUCUGUUCGAGGAUCAUGCGAAGAAGUGAGCUUUCAAGACUAUGAAUACUAUGAUUUAUAGUUCUGACGAUGUAUAGUAGCUUGUUUAACACAGUAUCGAGAAACUCCAUCGUGGGAAGAGGAAGACUAUGUCAGUAAAGGAUCUGGCUGGUAUCUGUCUUCAGUUAACCAAUUGGAGCUGCGAAUUAGUCUUUUCAAGGAAAUGUACAACUAAACGUUUAUUAGAUUGUUAACUUAAGAAUUUUUUUUCCUGCAGCGAAGAAUAAUUUACUUUUAUAAAUUUUGUUAAAAAUUUUUUUCCAGUGCUGUUUUUUUUGUUUUUUUAGCAAAUUGAUGUGAUGUUUGAUUAAGGUUUCUUUUUACAUCAGUUGAGGAUCGUACUGAGAACAAUAUCCGAUCUAUAGAGACCUAUAAAAUUCGCGGAUUCAUUUCGCGAUAGGAUAGAGUCCAAAUACUUUUGACAUUAUUUUGCUUCAGUGAUUGGGCCACAGUUUAUCUGAAGGACUCUGGGUCAAUGAAAAAUUUUUAACAGAAGAAUUAGCUAAUCAAGAUCAUUCCAGUCAACAGGUGUUACGAGUCGGUAACCAAUCAGCAGAUGAAAUUUGCACGCGUGCAUAGAGGAUCAUGGAGUCUAUCCUUUAGGGAUUUGAAAUUGCGAAUUUUACAGGUCUCUACCGAUCGAUUAAAUAAUUAAUUUAAUAAGUUAUUUUUUGAUGUUUUUAGAAUUUUCCUUAGUUUGUAGCUAAAACUUGCGGAUUUUCGAGAUGGUGGCUAAGACGGCCAACAAGAUGGCGGACGUUGCGACACUGACGGCCUUGUAAUGAAUACUACCUCUACACUCUAGCGGAUAAAAAUCAAAUCAACAUGGUGGCAGCAUACUCUAACAGACAGCCACAAUAUGAUGUACCUAAUCAAAGAUAGCGGACUCAUGCAGAAAAAAAGGGUCACCAUGUGGUCAUACUAUCUGAUGUUAUAUUUGAAUUGAUAUUAGUGCUAAAAUUAGUCUGCCGGUGGUUCCCAUUGAGAAAGUAUCCAUAGUUAUUUUCUGCCCUCAGCGAGGGUCGAACCGAGGAUUGCACGAUGUGUGUUUUUUAUUGAAAUUAUAUUCACAUUAUUUUUUUAUAAAUUUAAAUUUUUUUCCCAAUUUUUGAUGAAAAUUACUUAUUUUCAAAAUGGCCAACAUGAUGUCAUCGAAAAUGGCAGUGAUAGUUUUUUUUCAGCUAGGUUAUAACAUGAGCGGCUUAGGGCGGCUUGUCGAUGGGAAAUUUAAGCAGGCUUGUGGACAUUUCAAGCCGCUUGCAUUUUUCGAGAAAUAUAACGGUAAAUGUUCCCUCAAAACGGGAAUAUUUCCUUUGUAAUAGUUAAAUUUGCAUUUUUUUAGGUUUCUGAGAUUUUUGACGGAAUAUUUUCUAUAGACAGGAUACAUGAGCAAAUAUUGGCGAAAUUUUAGCGAAUUUUGAAAAGUUUUGAGUAAUUGUUGUGCCACUAUUCAGCAUUUGCUGGGCAUAUGCUCAAUUUCAUAUCAUAUAUAUUUUUUUAAAGGCAAACUGAAGACCUGCUUAAUUGUUUAUCAGUUAUAUUUAUCUACUAAUAUAUUUGUUUCUGUAGACAAAUUAACAUAACUAUAUAAUAAAAUAAUAACAUAAUAUAAUUAUAGUGGAUUUAUUGUAAUCUUUUACUUUAUCAAAUAUGAAAUUUUGUAAUGUAUUUCUGAACUUACAAUAUUGUAAUGAAAAAUCAAAAGCUAAUUAUUUAAGGUAUUUCUUUGUAAGGCAUUAUGCCAUAGGAAUAUUGGAACACAACUUUUGUUUUACACUGUUCUAUACAGUGGUGACUCUUUGGUCACGGCUAAAUUCCUAGCAAUUUGCUGUCUCUGCCUUCUUCAUGUCGUGGCAGCCAUAGUAAACAUGCUUUAGUUGUAGCUUCUGGUGUAUCGUAAUAUUAUGGAGUAAUUUAAGAGCACCUAACCGCCUGAAGGGCGGUGGGCGUCCUGGUGUGACCGAGCCGUGUCUGAACUGAAAUGAAUACCUGAUUUUCAACUAGGAGUGGAUUUCCCUCCUCUCUCCUACGGCCUCAGGAUGUGCACCAGAUAAGAUUACUCUUGUGUUCUCCGCAUGUAGCAUGUAUUCAUCGGACAAUUAAAUUUCUCUUUUGGAUACAUUAACCUGCUAAAGUUAAAAUCAAAUUCGAACAUUAAAAAAAAGUUAUAUGUAUUGUAGGGGGCCUACUCUAUAAUUAUUUCUUUUCCUGUUAUAAACUAUUUGGGGCCCCAGAGAUAAAUUUAUGAUCAAUUGCGAGAUUUAAUAAUACUCAAAAAAGUCACUUGUUUUUUUUAAAGAGUUUAUAUUUAUUAUUGUAUUUUUUUGUGUAAUUCAUAAUAUUUAUAUAUAUAUAUAAAAAUGAAAAUUAAAGUGUAAUAUGGCUGCCCUCUGAAAUAUGUCUAAUUAAUUUUUUUAUUCAUACCUUCUAACCCUCAAUAUUUCUUCAGCAUAAAGUUUGUUUGAUCUUUAAUAUAUAUAGGGUAGAGAGGGGCAAUUCCGAUCACUUCAAAUUGUGUUGUGAAAAUAAAUUGUUGAAAAUAAGAUUAGGUUAAUGAAAAUACAUGAGCAUAAACUUCAAUAUGUAUACUUAAUAUACCUUGAAUGAAAAGGUAAUUAAUGGCACAUAUAAAUUUACAAAAAAAUUAUUCUUUAAAAGGUGAUAUCACAGGAUUCACAAAACAAGUGGGGUAAUUGCGAUCACACACGGGGUAAAUCCGAUCAUAGUGGGGCAAUCAUGAUCACACACAUUUACCGCAUCUGAAUUGUUUCUUUCCUUUGGCACCCACACAGAUUUCAUGAUACCAGCUUCAACAUUUCUGGCACUUGAUCCAGUCCCCUCUGUUGGCAGACUGGCUCCAUCUUCUGUUGCAUAAUCCACAUGGUGCGUCACUCUAAUCUUUCAUGAUGAGGAUUUCUUCUCCACUAGAGUCCAUUUCAUUUUCUGCAAACAGUCUUCGUCUCUUCACUAUGCAAUCUAUCUGUUUAUUUUUUAAUGUGGCAAUUUUAACUUUUUCUGCUGUUGCCUUGAUGUUUCCAUCGGAUGUCAGAUGUCGAAAUUUCUGCUUUCUGGUUUGUUUCGGUGCAUUCCUAUUUGUAGAUGAUUUGUUUGGGGUUGGAAUGAUGUCAUUAAAUCCAAUGAGUUUCUGUUCACUGGGAGACUUGGACGUAGAAGCUGAUAUGGACAUGGUGGAUGAAGCUUGGGAACUGGAGCAAACUGUGUGUUUGGACGGGGAAUGUUGGCUGUGUGACUUAUUUUGAACAUGAUCAAGAGAAACAUCAGAUGAAGGACCUGAAGUUUGCAUGGUGGAUGAUUUUGUUGAUGUAGAAGGAGAUUCAGCUCGUAAAGCUACAGAUGGUAGAAAUUUAUCCAUCGAGAUAGCCUUAGGGUUAAAUGGGUAGAGACCAGUACACUGAAACCCUUUAGUAGCAUUCCCAUGGGAUGCAGCUUUGUUCCACGCAGCUGUGAAAAUCUUUCCAAAGUCAGACUUGGUGGUCGAUUGUGUUGGGUUGUUGUGAAAGAAUGUGAUUGCUUCUAGAUGGUAGAAAGUUUUUAAUGGUUUGAAUAGUGUGCGAUAUAGAGGCUGAAGGACAUGAGUGGUAUGAGGUGGUAAACAGAGAAGUUCAAUUUCAUUUUCUCUGCAGUAGUUCAGGCAUUUAAGCGAACAAUGUGAUGCGUGUCCAUCCAAAAUAAGAAGGCAUUUCCCUGGGAGUCUGUGCUUUUGAAAAUGUUGCAACCAUCUGAGAAAUAGGUCCUCAUUUAUAUAUCCAGAUUCAGACAUUGCUGCUACAGAUCCAGAUGGCAAAUUAGCACAGUAUGACUCUCGAUACCGCACACCCUUGAAAAUCACGAAUGGUUGUAUGUACACCCCACUAGCACUGAAACAAGCUACUACUGACACAUUUUCCCCAUGUUCUACACUUGUCAAUUUAAUUACUUCUCUUUGGCGUUUUUCACAAAUGAUUUUUGAUGGCUUAUUGUUUAAAGGAAAUCCAGACUCAUCAACAUUAUAAAUUCUCUCUGGCUUCUCCCUGAGUUCUAAUUCAUUCGUCAAAUCACCAAAGAGGUCAUAAAAGUCGUUAAAUUCUUUUUUAUCCACGGCAGCUGCCCUCAUUUUUGACAAACCUUCCGGUUUCCUCAAAGAGAGUUGAGGAUGUCUGGCAAUGAACUUGCCAAGCCAAUCUUUACCAGCCAAUUUUUCGGUAUUGCUCCAUGGAAUUUUUAGACCCUUCUUUUCAGCAUACAUGUAUGCUGCAUUUCAUACCUGAAUUGUGGUCAAACCAAAGCUUCUUUUCGACAGGUUGAGCAGUCUGUCACACAGUUCAUCUUCCUCCUCAGCAUUUAGUACAGGAAGCUGAUGACGUGAAUGCGGGACCUCGUCAGUCGUCUCCCCUCAAGCCCCCAGUUGCCGGUGCCAGCGCUUCUCCGCCAGCCCCCGCCAGACGGGGGCCCAGUCCAGCGCCAGGAAGGAGGAGCUGAGGAAGCUGAUGACGGGAAUGCGGUACGUCGUCGGUCGUCUCCCCGCAAGCCCCCAGUUGCCGGCGCCAGCGCUUCUCCGCCAGCCCCCGCCAGACGGGGGCCCAGUCCAGCGCCAGGAUGGAGGAGCUCAGCCCGAGACUCCAGGGGAGACGUCGACAGCCACCAUAUGCACCCUACCAACGGUUCCGGGGACGACAGCCAAGCUGUCCCCGUCAAUGGAGGAGCUUAUGAUACUCCUCAAUCCUGUGCCGGGGGCUCCGCGUACGUCAUCAGCUCACCUGCCUCCGGCAUCAGAAUUGGGGAAACUUAUGAUGAGACUCCUCGAUCGUGUGACGGGACUCCUGGGACGACGCCAAAUCCUGGAGGGAUGCCAUCAAUCGAAGAUCAUCAGCAGGCUUCUGGGACGACUUCAGCUCCUGGGGAGGUGUCAUCAGUCGAAGAUCAUCAGCAGGCUCCUGGGUCGACACAGCACGGGACCUCACCACCACCACCACCACCACCACCGCCAUUCGAUGCAGAUGGCAGCAUGUAUCCGACACUGCGAGGCUCAUCACCACCAUUCAGCGCUGAUGGCAUCAUGCAUCGCGUGCCAGAGGCCUCACCACCAUACAGCGCUGAUGGCAUCAUGCAUCGCGUGCCAGAGGUCUCACCACCAUUCAGCGCUGAUGGCAUCAUGCAUCGCGUGCCAGAGGUCUCACCACCAUUCGGCGCUGAUGGCAUCAUGCAUCGCGUGCCAGAGGCCUCACCACCAUUCGGCGCUGAUAGCAUCAUGUACCGAGUGCCAGAGGCCUCACCACCAUUCGAUUCUGAUGGCAUCAUGCAUCGCCUGCCAGAGGCCUCAUCACCGUUCGGUGCUGAUGACAUCAUGCAUCGCGUGCCAGAGGCCUCACCACCAUUCGGCGAUGAUAGCAUCAUGUACCAUGUGCCAGAGGCCUCACCACCGUUCGGUGCUGAUAGCAUCAUGUACCGAGUGACAGAGGCCUCAUCACCACCGCCACUAUUCAACGCAGCCGGUACCGUGCCUCCUCUUCCUUCAUCUGAAUCAGAGCAUAUAAACAGACUGUUGCACGUGUUACGGUACGAUGUGUCGUUGCUCCGACAGGAGCAGGUGGAAAUGACGAGUGUGAUAAGUGACAUCAAAUUGAACUUGUUUAGCUAUAUAUUUCCUCCCUACUAGUAGUUAUUAGUGAUCGAUAAUAUUUAGAAAGAUGAUUAGAAGGUUUUUCACUAUGUAUGGUGAUACUGUGUGUCGGUUUAAUGGGAAAGAACUUAUUGCAAAGUUUUGUUUUUAAUGUUAUUUUAUUUUGUUUGAUACGAUUAAAAAUUUGUGUUUUUUUUAUAUGGAUCAACAUCAUCAUUAAAUAUUAUUGUGUGAAAUGGAAA